UUAUCUCCUCCAGCUUUCUCAAUCUAGUGUCCAUCAGCGUGUCCUCCCAUCUCCACUUUUUUCCCCUCUAAAACCCCAACGCCCUCCUCCAAUCCCCCUAUCCUCACAGCAAAUGGUGGUGGUGGUGGUGGUGGGUACACGCGGAGGAGAGACCUCGUCCCUGUGAUGCCCUGCCAUGGCUGCCCGCGCGCUGGUCGCACCCCCUUUGCCUCCAACUCCCCCUCUGGGUACCAUGCGGGCAACCCCGCGCGUCGCCGCCGGUCUCAGCUCAGCGCUGACCGGCCACCGGGGAAGGCACACUUUGUGUUCAGUGCAAUUGACAGAAUCCCCCAGUGGCAAUCUUCAGGUGGAAGCAAACUCGUCUCAUUCCCCAACUCAACUGAUGUCUACAGGACAUGAUGACUCAGCCAUAACAUGUAAAGGAUUCUGUACGAUAUCAUGGAGCGUUAAAGCAGAUGUUAUGGAUGGUUACAUUAUCUUCAUAACAGGUGAUCCAGUUACCCUGGGUUGUUGGGAACCUGAUAUGGCUGUUCAGUUGAAUCCUUCUGUUAAAAGUAGCAAUAAAUGGACGGCUGUAAUCAAGGCUGUGAUGGUCGCUGUACGUCAGCUCCUCUUGCGGCUUCCGGGCGCGGAGGUGAUCACUCUACGUCGACUCCUCCAGUGGCUUCCGGGCGCGGAGGUGAUCGCUCUACGUCGACUCCUCCAGUGGCUUCCACAUGCAGCUCUACGUCUGCUCGCUACUCUCGGUCGACUCUACACGCGGCUUCCACGGGUGGUGGCGACUGCUCAUCGUCGGCAGGUACCAUAUGGUGUGCAUUUCAAGUAUAAUUAUUUUGUUCGAGAGGAAAAAAAUUCCUCUAAUGACAUCAUAUGGAGGCCUGGACCUGAGUGCUCCUUAUCGAUACCUUCUGUUAGCCAGAAAAAUCAUGUCAUCCUUGUAAAAGAUCAGUGGAUGGAAACCAGUGUGGCAGGUAUUUCCUCUCCUUCCUGGGGAUCAUGGCUGAUGGAAGCUGAUUCUGUUGAAGAUCAAAUUGCUGAGAGAGGGAAGCGUGAGAGCAUUGUGAAAGCCCACUCUGUUAUAGAUAUGGUGGACGGAGCUUCAUCUGUAGGUGAGCAUAUUAUAAUGAGACUUUGGAAUGGCACACCUUUAGAUUCAGUCAGUCCAUCCAUCAGUGUGCAUGAUGAUUUUGCUGCAGCUGAUAAACCAAAUGCAAUUAAAGUAAGUGUAAACCAACAUGAGAUAAAUCAGCCUGUUGAGGAGCCAUGGGUUCUUGGACCUAUCGUCUCAGCAAAGAACUCCGUUGCACAAGUGAAACGCAAGAAAGACAGAAGGAAGUUUUUGAAUACGGAAAAGGAUUCAGGUGAAAUAACUGAAAACAUGCCUGAACAGGAUCAGCCUGUGGAGGAGCCAUGGUUAUUUCAGUCUUGGGUGACAGCAAACAGAGCUGGUGUUAUAUCAAAACGGAAAGUAGAAGCAAAGGGCAUUAUGAAAAGGUUAAAAGAAUUUGAUAAACCCUCAGCAGCUUCUGAGAAGGAUAUGCCUGCCAGUGGUGAACCACCAAGAGUCAUAUUAAUUAACUCCUCUAUCUGCAGUACACAGAGAAUUGCAGUAUUGGAAGAUGGGAAAUUAGUUGAACUCUUGCUGGAGCCCAUAAAGAACAAUGUACAUUGUGACAGUAUUUAUUUAGGUAUAAUAACAAAACUUGUGCCUCACAUGGGAGGUGCUUUUGUCGACAUUGGAAUUUUGAGACCUUCACUUAUGAGCAUAAAGCAAAACCGUGAUCCAUUUGUGUAUCCUCAAAUUGUCAAGGAUAUUAAAGGAGGUUCUGCUAAUGAUUCUGGUUAUAACCAUGAGAGCCUUCUGACAUACGAUGAUGAUGAUGAUGAUGUUGAUGAUGAUAUGGCUGACAAUGAGUUUGCAGAUGAAGAAAAUGACGAUGAUUCAUCAACAUUUCUGGCUCAGAAUGUUAAGGAAAAUGAAGAAGGCUUGGACAUUGUGUCCCAUUCUAAUAUGAAGAAGAUUGAUGGUGCUGAAUUUGAAAAUGUCUCUGGUUGGGAUGAUGAAAUUGAUGAUCACGUGGAAGAUGAAUACAAUGAUGAUCACUCACCAGGAGAUCGGUCAGAGAUCUGCAAUGAUAUUAAGACAUUAUCUUCCAUUCAGCAUGCUUUGAGGGAAUCUAACGAUGAUACAAAUGGAUGUAGGUGGUCUCAAGUUCGCAAGGGCACAAAAAUCAUGGUUCAAGUUGUCAAGGAGGGAUUGGGCACGAAAGGUCCAACACUGAGUCCCUUUCCAUGCUUAAGAAGCCGAUUUUGGAUAUUGGUCUCUCGUGGCAACAAAGUUGGAGUUUCAAAAAAGAUUACUGGGAUAGAACGCACCCGGUUGAAGGGCAUUACAAAGUUAUUACGACCUCCUGGAUUUACUCUGACAGCUCGUACAGUUGCCGCUGGCCAUUCUUGGGAGGAGUUAAACAAGGACCUUGAUCGGUUGUUAUCUACCUGGAAAGGAAUAACUGAACAUGCUCAAUCUGCUGCCCUAGCUGCCGAGGAGGGUGUGGAAGGUGCUAUUCCUGUUAUGUUGUAUAGAUCAAAGGGCCAGGCUCUAUCUAUUGUUCAAGAUGAUUUUAAUGAGAAGGUCAAGAGGUUGGUUGUGGAUUCUCCUCGCACCUACCAUGAGGUUACGGGCUAUCUCCAAGAGGUUGCACCUGAGCUCUGCAAUCGAGUCGACCUCUACGAGAAAAGAACUCCCAUAUUCGAUGAAUAUAAGAUCGAAAAGGAGAUCGACAAUAUUCUCUGCAAAAGGGUUGUGCUACAGAAUGGGGGUUCAUUAAUUAUAGAACAGACUGAAGCUCUAGUUUCCAUUGAUGUGAAUGGUGGCCACAGUAUGUUUGGUCAAGGGACGUCGCAGGAGAAGGCUAUUUUAGAUGUCAAUCUUGAAGCUGCAAAGCAAAUUGCUCGUGAGCUGCGCUUGAGGGAUAUUGGUGGCAUCAUUGUUGUUGAUUUUAUCGACAUGACGGACGAUUCAAACAAAAGAUUAAUCUAUGAUGAAAUGAAGAAAGCAGUAGAAAAGGACCGCUCAACCGUUGGUGUUUCAGAAUUGUCAAAGCUAGGUUUGAUGGAAAUAACUAGAAAAAGGGUUCGACCAAGUGUUACUUUCAUGAUCAGCGAGCCUUGUCCAUGUUGCCAUGGUAUUGGUCGUGUUGAAGCUCUUGAUACGUCCUUUUCUAAGAUAGAACGUGAAAUCUGUCGACGCCUGGCCGUCUCUGGUCAUAAUCCAGAUCCAGAAAAACCAAAAUUGUGGCCAAGAUUUUUGCUUAGGGUGGACCAUGAGAUGUGCACGUACUUGACGUCAGGCAAAAGGACUAAAUUAGGGAUCCUUAGUAGCUCCCUCAAAGUUUGGGUUUUGUUGAAGAUUGCUCGAGGUUUUACACGGGGUGCAUUUGAAUUGCUACCAUAUUCUGAUCAGAAGGACACGGAUGAGCAGAAGGAAUUAUCACCAGAGUCACCACCUCCAAGGGAAGCAGGAAGACCGAGACUGUCUGUUUUUCCUAUAAAGAAAUGGAUGAGCCGUGCAAAGCGAGCCAAGUGAAUAUCUUGCAAAGAUGAGACGAACUUUUUUUUCAAAGAGCUGAACUGAAUCCCAGAUUGACAAGGGGUGAUUUUCCGAGGGCUUUGCUGUGUUCCAACGGUGAUCCCAACAGCGGAUAUUCAUGUUUGCUUGGCUAAAGUUUGGACAACUACUGUCCUUGAUUUUGUAGUUGCCACUCAGUGAAGUUUAACGUGAAAUGUGGGAAGAUCGUAGGACGCAAUGAAAUUAGAUUGUGUGAAAGCUGUGGGGGCAGAGCAUAGUUACGUAGUUGUUGUAUCGCCCUAGUCAGAUUUUUUGUUUAUUUAUUCAAUCAUUGUUAAAACAUUAAAUGAUACUCCCUCUGUUCCGUAAUAUUUGUCGCUGGGGCAUUCUUUCC